AUGGCCUCGCCGUUCACAAAAGCCGUAGUCUCGUCAAUGCGGACACUCUAUCCGGAGUGCCUAGCAGACAAAUCCUUUGACAAUACGGGGCUGCUCCUUGAAGCCCCAUUCCUUCGCGAACGUCGAAAUCGCAACUCCGUCCUACUCACCAUCGACCUUACCAAGGCUGUAGCAGAAGAAGCAAUACAAAACAAGCACUCAGUCGUGGUUGCCUACCAUCCCAUAAUAUUCCGUGGUCUCAAGUCUAUAACCCUUGGCGAUACCCAACAACACACGCUCCUCCGUCUUGCCGCCCACGGCAUCUCUGUCUACUCUCCACACACGGCAGUGGAUAUCGUUCCUGGUGGCAUGGGAGACUGGCUCUGCGACGUUGUAACUGGCAAGAUCGACCCACGUACUGCAGAGAACUACACCGCGGGUAGCUCGCCCUCUUCUAUUACUGAUCGCUCAACCUCAGCCUCAGAGUCUUCACCACCCGUCAAUGCAUCCAACGCUAGCAACGACCAGCCCGCAGACCCUUCAACGCCUAAACCGAAGACCAAACGCCCUACUAACCCACACCGCGCCUACAGUAAGCCGACAUAUCCACGGCCAACCGCUGCUUUCCAUAGCAAUGUUCUGUCGCACAAGCGCAGCGUUAUCACACCGUCUCCCUCAGCCGCCCUAAGUGCCGCUAAUGCCCUGACUGAUAGCGACACCUACACGUCAGAGAAUACUGGGUCUGGACGCAUUCUCACCUUCGACACGCCGCAACCCCUUACGAUACUCAUCACGCGCAUAGCCCACGCCAUUGGUCUUCCCAAGGGCUUCCCUGUCGCAAUCCCUCAGUCGUCGCUGGUCGAAGACAUCCUCGUGCGCACGGUCGGCAUCUGCCCCGGUAGCGGCGCCUCGGUCAUCUCACGUGCCUCCUCACCGCCAGAUCUGAUCUUCACUGGAGAGAUGUCACAUCACGAGGCGCUGGCGGUCACGGAGAGAGGCGGAUGCGUCGUCAGUCUAUUCCACAGCAAUAGCGAGAGGGGCUACCUGUGGGGAGUGUUCCGGGACCGGCUAGAGCAGCAUCUGAACGGCGAAUGGGAGCAGACAAGAAAACAGUGGAAGAAAGAAGGGGGCAGUUGGGAGGACGGGAUCGAAGAGAUCCUUGAGGACGAGAGCGUAGAGGUGGUUGUCUCCGAACGGGACCGUGAUCCGUACGGCAUCGUGGUGCUGGAGGAGAGCGAAGUCCAGGGCAUUACUCUAGGGGUGGGAACCGAAUCAGAGGACGAUGAUAGAUAG